CCUGUAUCAUCUUAUAAGACACAUGAAACAUGUACUUACAUAAGUUUAUCCUGUUCGUGGCUUUCUCUCUUUUCAGUCUGGUUCUCACAGAUGAAGAUUUUUACCAAGGGAGAGCAUGCUGUACAUUCAAAGGGCCACACUUUGAAGAAAUUGAGUACAUAAUAACUAGUUUUUUUAAUAAAAACUUGAUGAUGGAGUACAACAGCACAAGAGGCAACUGGACGGGAUUCACAGCGUAUUCAAUUGAAGCUGUAAAAUGGUUGAACAGUGAUCCCCUUCAAGCACUAUAUAGAAAGAAUGAAAGUAAACUGUUGUGUACGGACGCGUUAGAUGCCAUCCAAUACGUAGAUUAUCUGACAACUAUACCCAUCGUCAAACUAAAAUCAGUGAAAAGGCCUAAUGGCGAGCACGCAUCUACGCUUGUGUGCAGUGCCUACAACUUUUAUCCAAAACAAAUCAGAAUGAUGUGGAUGAGGAACGGCCAGGAGGUGACCACAGACGUCAGUUACUCUGACGUGAUGCCUGAUGGUGACUGGUACUACCAGACUCAUUCUUACCUGGAGUACAUCCCAACUUCAGCAGAAAAAAUUGCCUGCAUGGUCGAACACCUUGGUCUCUCUGAGCCGAUGUUUGUGGUCUGGGACCCCUCCCUCCCAGUGGCACAACGAACUCAGAUAGCUGUUGGACUGUGUGGACUCGUGAUUGGAUUUGUUAUUGCAAUAUCUGGAUUCAUCUACUACAAUAAGAAGUCUGCUGCAUACAUCACUGUGUGUCAAAGACAAGUGUUCAUUCCUGUGGAAUCCCUUCCUGAAGCUGGAGCAACUUAACAGCCUGAGCAAACACUAUUAAUACGGGCACGCGCCAUCCAAGGUGCCCCAAAUAUCACAGCUCUCUGAAUAAUGAUGGCUGCUGUGGGUGUUUUGGGGCUUUGCAUCUUUUACCUACGGGACAGAGGAUACAUUUGUAAUGUAGUUCUUAUACAUUAUAAUAUAGUUUUAUAGAAAAAUGAAUACAUUUACAGCUGCAUUGUGACUGGACUUUUAUUUGACAGCUUUUGUGGUAAUAUAGUCAUGAUAGUAAAGCAGAGUUCUCAUCUUAAUAAAAAUUUUUCUGACUUUUUGGUAUCAUAGUAGAAGUCACAAGUUCCACUUGUGACAUUUGAAAAUAAAGCAAAUGGGAACAACUGUGCCGUCCUGCUGCAUUAAGCACAUGCUUGAUGCUGAUGCUGCCCCUUUCUUUCUCAGUCACUACGACUCUCAGUAAAUUCAACAUAAAGUGAAAUUCUUUUAGAAUUGAACAUCUUCUCCGUUUAUUUGUUUUAUGCUUUUUAUUUCUUUUAUUGUGAAUAAAAUGUGACUCUGAGGUUUGCAAAUUAUUGCAUUUUACUUUUAUUUACAUUUUACAUAGCAUCCCAGCCCAGGUUUGUAUUUCCAAACAUGAGCCAAUUUGUUAAGUACACCUUGAGUACCAGCUUGGACUAUCUUUUCCCUUCCAAAACUUCCAGUGCUAACUUCUUGUAGGUAAUGGUCCUCAGAGAUUUUUGUCCGUAUUGCCAUGAUAGCAAAUAAAUUUGAAG